UAUAAUACCUUUCCUUUGUUUCUUUGUUAUUUAAAGUUUCUAUUCUCCGUCACGUCGCGUCGCUCGUUUCUGUUAGAAUCAACAUUCAUGCAGUAAAAAGGUGAAUAAUUGAACGCGAAGCACCAACGUUCGCAUGAUGUCGAACUCGGCGGUUAGCGUCAAGUUCCGCUGGGGUCUCUCGGCCUCGGACCCUGAGGAACAACCCGCCCUCAUAGUGGGUCAAGUGGCCCACCUCAACGCUCUGACAUGGCAUGAUGUGAGGUGCAAGCUUGAACCACGAGUUACUGAAGAGGCCUGGAAACGCGGCCUCACCUGCGUGUCCGCAUCCCCCGGCGAGUGCGUGGAGCUGUGGCCCCGCGGCGCCAGCCUCGCGUCGUUGCCAGCUCGCCGCUCGCGACACGCCGCGCCGUCCCGCUCGCACGCGCUUGCUAAACUAGUGCGCUCCUGGCAUAGGACGCAGAGAGAGCAUGAAUACGUCGUGCUGAUCUGCCGCAAACGCGACGUAUACGCGAGCGCAAUGGCGAUCGCCCGCUGCUACCCGCAGUACAACGCGCGCUCCGGGCCCGCGCUGCUCGGCGCAGCCGCCGACACGCCGCAAGCUAGGACCGUCUACGUGGAGAUACAGCUCGCGAGCGACGACCAGAGAGAAGGCGAACUCGAAGACGAAGGCGUAGGGCCGCUAGAUCCCUCCCUGCUAGACAACACCCUGUCCACCGAAGAGCUGGCUGCCAUCCAGGCGGCUGCGGACUCUACCCGCCUCGCUGCCAAGAUCGCUGACACACCUUGCAACAUUAUGAAUGUGGAUAAAUUCAUAGAGGAGGCCUGCCGCGUGGCUAAAGAGCUGGACCUCCCUGAGCCCACCAUCAUCCGCGGCGAGGAGCUGAAGGCGCGAGGCAUGGGCGGGAUCUACGGCGUGGGCCGCGCCGCCAACUGCCCGCCAGCACUAGUAUCCCUGUCCUAUAAUGUGCCCGGGGUUGAGAAGAGUGUGGCCUGGGUGGGCAAAGGCAUCGUUUACGAUACUGGCGGCCUCAGCAUCAAGGCUAGGACCUCCAUGGUGGGUAUGAAGGGCGACUGCGCGGGCGCUGCGGCCGUGUUAGGAGCCUUCGCCGCCGCCGUGCAGGCCAGGCCGACUGUCAACCUGCACGCGGUACUGUGCCUGGCUGAGAACGCCGUCGGCCCUGACGCUACCAGGCCUGACGAUAUCCACCAGCUGUAUUCUGGCCGCACUGUGGAAAUCAAUAACACUGACGCCGAAGGUCGUCUGGUGCUGAGUGACGGGGUGGUGUACGCGCACCGGGACUUGAAGGCCGACACCAUAGUGGACGUGGCCACGCUCACCGGCGCACAGGGCACAGCGACGGGCAAGUACCACGCCGCGAUCGUGUCCAACAACGCCAGCAUGGAGCGGCGCUGCGCGGCGGCCGGGCUGCGCGCCGGGGACCUGGCGCACGCGCUGCCCUUCGCGCCCGAGCUGCACUUCACCGAGUUCAGCUCCUGCGUCGCCGACAUGAAGAAUAGUGUAGCAGACCGCAGCAACGCGCAGCCAUCUUGCGCGGGCUUGUUCAUCCUGGCGCACCUCGGGUUCGACUUCCCCGGCACGUGGCUGCACGUCGACAUGGCCGCGCCCGCACACUCCGGCGAGCGUGCGACCGGGUACGGCGUGGCGCUGCUCACCGUGCUGUUCGGGGCGCACACUCAGAACAAGCUGCUCAAGGCGCUCUGCCCUCCCGACGUCUGCUAACACACCUCACACAUACUCUAACACACCUCACACACACACUCUAACACACCUCACACACUCACACCUACAACAGGGGCCCGUUGCUUGAACGAUAUUACAUACUCGUAUUAGUCCACGAACAUCGGAUGAUGGUAGCAUGACGUAGGAGGAAACGUGGUCAUUCGAAGCAUGAUUUUAGGGGGAGGGGGCCAAAAAUCGUCAAGAAUAGAUGACGUAAUUUAUGGACAGCCCCUUUGUCCUAUAGUCGAGUAGAUGGCGUUAAUAUUAAUAUUUAACAAGUUAACACACAUCACUCAUAUCAGUGAAAGAAUAAGGAUCAAACUCAAAUGGCGUUCUUUUGUCGAAAGAUGGCAGUAAAUUUACAGUGGCUACAUAAUUUACAUUGACAAUCCGCCUCCAUGCACUGUAUUCUCUUUGCUAAUACCGUUCGAGAAAUGGGCCCAGUGGCCUAUUUUAUAAAGCU